GGGGGAGAGGGGGGGUAAGCUACUCAUAUUCAUGUUUCGAAGUUUGGUUUUUACCAGCUAGAAAAAGGAGAAAAGAUUCAUUCCUCCCAUCUCCAUCUUCAAUUUGAUUCAAACUAAUUGAAUUUUUUUUUUUUACUUUUCUGGACCGUGUUUGAAUUUGAUGAUAAUUGAUGGCCAUCUUGGGUGAAUUGGUUGCUGGAGGAGUUGAGAUUUUCUAGGGUUUUGGCUAUGGAGAAUAUAGAGACACUGUUAGCUGCCGUGGCUCAGACCACGGGCUUCGGCGAUGAGGAGCCGGUGGUUUCUACUCCAUCGGAGCUGGACCUGGAGAGCUCUGCCUCUCCGGCGGUUGAUGCGGCUGUCAGAGACGCGCAUCCUUCACCGGCGGUGGUAGUUCCAGAUCUGACUGCUGCUGCUGCUCCGGUUCCGGUGAGUGCGAGCGCCGUCUGUGAGAAGCGUAAGCGAGGACGGCCGCCGAAAGGGCUGCUCACGGCGAAGCCUCCACCGAUUAAGAAGGUGAAAGUUGAAGACGAAGAUGAGGAUGUUUGCUUUAUUUGCUUUGAUGGAGGCUCUCUGGUUCUCUGUGAUCGAAAGGGUUGUCCGAAGGCGUACCAUCCAGCUUGUAUCAAACGCGACGAAGCCUUUUUCAAAUCAAAAGCUAAAUGGAACUGCGGGUGGCACAUAUGUAGUGGAUGCAGGAAGACUUCUCAUUAUAUGUGCUAUACUUGCACCUAUUCGUUGUGCAAGGGAUGUACUAAAGAUGCGGAUUUCGUGAGUGUGAGAGGAAACGUGGGGUUUUGCUCAACAUGCAUGAAAACUAUCAUGAUGAUUGAAAAUAAAGACCAAGCAACGAAUGAUUCGAAUCAAGUAGAUUUUGAUGACAAACUUAGCUGGGAGUAUCUCUUCAAGAUGUAUUGGGUAAUCUUAAAAGAGAAAUUAUCUUUUACACUGAGUGAGCUCACUCAAGCUAAAAGUCCCUGGAAAGGUGUGGCUGCAGUGACGCGUAAGCCGCGGUUAAAUAAUGCAUUUCCCUCUUCAGUUGGCGCAGGCGUUUCUUUGUCACAUGGGGGUACUGGACAUUUCGAGUUGAAUAAGCCCCAUGUGGAGAUAAAUUUGUUACAAAAUGAUGGGUUACGAACAUCACUGUUGAGUAACGGCAACCAUUUCAAGAAACCAAACAAUGACAAUGGAGAAUAUGGCCCAACUUACAGCAAUGUGACUGUAAAACCGAAAGUCACUGAUGAGACGAGGAUUGCCAAACCCAAUGACAAGCCAGACGUUAAAGAAGUUGUUCAUGAGCUAUGCAUUAAAAAAGAUCUAGAUGAUCCGUGCAUCGUCAAAAAUACCAACAAACCAUGCAUCAGCAAGAACAGAAAUAGCGUAGAGACAGACAAGCUGGCGGUUGACAGUACUGAAUGGGCAUCUAAAGACCUCUUGGAUUUUGUUAAACAUAUGAAGAACGGUGACACAUCUGCUUUAUCACAGUUUGAUGUCCAAACAUUAUUGGUUGAAUAUGUGAAGAGAAACAAUCUCUGGGACCCACAUCAGAAUAGUCAAAUUUUAUGCGAUCAAAGGCUCAAAAAUAUCUUUGGGAAGCCAUAUGUUGAUCAAACUGAAAUGUUGAAGCUUCUUGAAUUUCAUUUUGUUGUAAAGGAAGAUACUCCGAAAAAUCCGUUCUUUCCUGCUAGAGCUGUUAGAUCUGCUGCAAGUAAUUUGGAUGCCAAUGGGAAAAUAAAUGGGUCGCCAGAGCAGGUGCCAAGUAACAGCAGAAAGCGGAAAACACGCAAGAAGGUUGAAAACAGAGAAGCCCAGCUUAAUCUGAAUGAAUAUGCUGCAAUUGAUGUUCAUAAUAUCAAUCUGAUCUAUUUGCGGCAUGAUUUAAUGGUGACUCUUGCUGAAAAUCGUGAGAGUUUCAAUGACAAGGUUAUUGGAUCUAUCGCAAGGAUCAAAAUAUCGCCCAAUGAUCAGAAGCCAGAAGUUCAUAGGCUUGUCCAAGUUAUAGGUACUAGCAAGGUGGCCGAGCCUUAUAAAAUUGGCAACAAGUCAGCAGAUGUCAUGCUUGAAGUGUUAAAUUUGGACAAAAGAGAAGUUGUAUCUAUCGAUUCCAUUUCAAAUGAAGAGUUUACUGAGGACGAGUGCAAAUGGCUACGUCAGAGCAUUAGAUGCGGUCUUGUGAAACAAUUUACUGUUGACGAGGUAAAAAAGAAAGCCACUGCACUCCAAUCAGUUAGAGUCAAUGAUUGGCUUGAGGCGGAAAUAUUGCGGCUAAGUCAUCUUAGAGACCGUGCUGAUGGGAAGGGGAUUAAGAAAGAGCUUAGAAAAAAUGCUGAGAGAUUACUGUUACUAAAAUCACCUGAGGAGCGCCAACGCAGAAUUUCUGAAGUUCCAGAGAUACAUGCUGAUCCGACAAUGAAUCCAAAUUAUGAAUCAGAAGAAGAUAUCAGAAGUAGUGACCACAGUAAAAAAGGUACAUCCAACAAUACUCGUCGGAGGCAGUUUAUUUAUGAAAAUGAAUAUGCUGGGCCAAACCAUUCUCCAUUUCCCACAACUGAUUAUGAGUCCAUUUCUUCUAAUAAAAGAGGCAAAGAAGAGCAUUCUGUAGAGGUGCAAGAUAGAAUCACGAAGAAAACAAAUGCUAGUGCAUCAAAUGAUUUGGAGAAACACACAAACCAGAUUGAUAUUGGUUGCUCACCUUCUGGUGCUGGGAAUGAUCAAACCAUGGAAAGGUCUGGGUUGGAGACAUCGACUGCAAUUGCCUCCAUCGGAAACUCACAGGCUGCUGACAACAUAGAAACUGAGAAACUUUGGCAUUAUCGUGACCCCAAUAGUAAGAUUCAAGGGCCUUUUUCCAUGAUGCAGCUGCGGAAAUGUAAUAGUACUGGACUGUUUCCACAUGAUAUGAGGAUAUGGACCAAUCACGAGCAAUAUGACUCGUUACUUCUAACUGAUGCUUUGGAUGGGAAAUUAUAUUCAGCACCAGACAUGUCACAAAAAGCCUCUUCAAAUUCACAGGAAAACGGGCCCGCUGGGGGAGCUGUCCCGAGCGAGGGUGCAAAUGGGACUACUAAAGAUGCUAAACAAACUGAAGUUGCUGGGUGUAGUAAUUCGGAUGGUUUGCCUGACACUGUUGCAAGACCCGUGAAAGCAGAUGAGUCCUGCUCCUCUGGGUGGCCUCGAUGUUGGGAUUUGCUUAAAGAUGGUAAACCAAUUGCUGAUGGUGUCCAAUUACGUGAUCUGCUUCCUCCAUCAAAACCUGAGACAAGGGAUGAACCUUUGACAGAUCGAGUCCGAGAAGGUGAUGAAUUAAAUCUUAGUUCACAAAAUAGACAAAAGAAUGCUGCUCGGCCGACUCAAAAUCCUAUGCCCAGUGAAGAUGAACUUCGAUCUCAACCUAAAGAUGAUGACAGAAGUGGUCAAUCUUCCGAAGGAAAUUUGAGAUCCUUGAACAUCAACUUGUGCUCAACCAUCCCUGAACCUGUUCCCGUUUUGACGUCUGUAUCAACGUCCCUAGUUUCAAUCAAACAGCCUGAGAAUAUAGAUGUCUUGGAUCUUCUUAGUUCCACCUCGAAGACUCAAAACCAGCAGACAGUAGAUGCACAUAUUCCUGCGCAUGGCACGAGUUUUCUGGAGCUGCUGAGUCCUGCACCAAGAUCCAAAAAUGAAGAUCAGGCAGCUCAGGAAACUGACAUGAAGCCUGGGUGUAAAAAUCUUCCUAUGCCUAAUUCUGGCCCCGGCUGGAUCGGUGCAUCUAGUCUAGGGAUUGGUGGCAUGCAGCUACCAGAUGUAGCUGAUGAAUGGUGUGGAUAUUCUCAGACACAUGCUGCGAAACCACCUAUGCAGGAAUGGGAUUCUGGUGUAGUCCCCGCAUCUGCUUUGGGGCCACCUGAAGUCACCGGGGAAAAUGCUGAUGCCUCUGCUCCUGAAGCCCACCAUCUUUCUCAUGCUCCUCCGUCCCAUCCUCCAUCGAAUGGACCUAAUUGGCUUGCUAUAAUGAAUGAGCCAAUUGAGUUUGUUGCUCUAGGUGAGGAUUCAGUGUCUGAUCUGUUGGCUGAAGUGGAUGCUAUGGAAUCGCGAGGCGCUCUGCCUUCACCUACUUCAGCCAUCAAGUUUGCUCGGGAAUUGCUUGAAGAUUGCAAAGACGAUUGCUUUAGUUCAAUCGAGGGUUUUAGCCCAACCCCAGAACCUCGAAAAAGUGAUGCAUUCAGCUCCACCAGCGAUGUACAUCUGACGUCCCAAUCAUCUGCCCCAUGUAAACCGAAUGGAACGUCUCCUGUCGACGGCUUCGAUUUUUUCCGGAGGUCGAGCGUGAAUUCAUCUGCAAGCAGUGAGGGUGAAACAAGCACUGCGGUUCAUUCUGGGGAUCCCGGUUUGGAAUUCCACCACUCUCCUGCACCGAACCAAGAUAUGGUCGGUGCUGGAGCAGCCAUGGCUCCCGGGCUGGGAUCCGAUGCCACGGAUCCCAGUUGGGGACAGAUGCAGGGCAACAUCAACCUAGUCACAGUGCAAGGUAAUGUCAAUCUCGUUCUCAGAGGACCCGCUGCCCAAGGGAUGGCAAACCUCCCAUGGGGAACGAACCAGGGCCCCCACUGGGCCAACCCAAACUCGAUCCGGAGCCCUAGAAACGGGAGUCAGCCAUGGGACGGGCAGCGCCCGUUCGGUGGUGAGAGGUUCAACUGUCCUAGAGAAUGGGGGGGUUAUCAGGGUAGUGAUCCGGGAUUCGGGGGCGGUAGGGGAAGGCCGCCGUGGGGCCGUCAGCAGUACAACAGUGGUGGAUAUUCGAGGCCUCUUCCAAAGGGGCAGAGGGUGUGUAAAUUCUACGAGAGCGGUCGAUGCAAAAAGGGUGCCUUCUGUGAUUAUCUUCAUCCAUGAUUGUUGUGUUUUCCUACACUUUGCUUUAGUAACUUUUUUGUUGUAUAAUUAAUUGUUGGAGUAAUCUCUCUAGGCUCGGAUAUCUUUUUUGUACCGUUAAUUGUGAGAGUAAUCUCCUUAAUUAGCUGUAGAUUUGUACUUAGAGCUUCAUUUUAAUAAUAAUUAAAAAUAUUGCUACUCUA